GUCACAACAAGGACAACAACAACGAACAACCACAAACCCACGCAACACGCCGAGAGAGAUCACGUCUCAUGCGGUAACGUUGGCCAUUGAUUGGGGCUUCUCCGCGCGACAACAACAACAACAACAACAACACCAUCGAUUGAGCCUCCUCAUGACAGCAAGGUUAUAAAGGCUGCGUCUGGAUGGAUACAUAGGGUCUCACUCAUCUCACGAUAAUAUCACUCGGACGCCCCCUCGUUCAUCAUCACUCGCAGCACCUACAUCAUCAUCAUCAUCAAGUCUCAUCACCAAACCAGACAUCAUUUCAAUUUAUACAUCAUCAUCAUCAUCAUCAUCAUCAUCAUCACCACCACCACCAUCACCAUGACCGAUCCAGACACCACCAACGCUCCUCCCGCCUCUGAGCCCACCACACCCCCCUCCCGCUCAUCCACCGUCACCCUCCGCGAAAUCGACAAGGACAACUGGCGUGCCAUCACCUCCCUCGCCCCCCUCCCCUCCCAGGCCGCCAACGUCUCCACAAACGCCAUGUCCCUCGUCGAGGCCCACUACAGCUUCGACGCCUGGUUCCGCGCCAUCUACGCCGACGACACCCCCGUCGGCUUCCUCAUGAUGUCCAUCUGGGACCCCGACGACUGGUACUGCAUCUGGCGCUUCAUGAUCGACAGCCGCUACCAGAAGAUGGGCUUCGGCCGCCAGGCCGUCCUCCUCGCCAUUCAGCACGUCAGGGACAAUCACCCCCAGGCUAAGCUGCUCCGCCUCAUGUCCGCCAGCCCCGACGGCAAGAAGGGCACCCUGCCCAAGGACUCCCCCUACAAGUUUUACGCCAGCCUGGGCUUCAAGGACAUUGCCGACAUUGACGAGAGAGGGGAGAUUGAAAUGGGCAUGGAUCUGUAGCCCACCAUCGCCACAGCCUUAUUGGCUUCUCACUGCAAUGGUGCACGCACGCACACGCUACGUCACACGACAAGCAGCGUUCUUGGUCAACUUCAUGGUUUGCGUAAACUUCAUUAUCUACCUUGCAGAGCUAGCUAGAGUACAGCGUCCCAAAAGGCAUUAUCAUAACGAUGCAAAUCAAGCAGCC